AUGAUGUCCACUUCUACAAGUGCACUUUCAGGUCAUGCUGCAUCCGUUUUUGGAAUGGACAACACUGUGGCUACAUUAAGAGGUGACGUAUCUCUGUUCGAGACAAAUAUACGUUUUAUCGGUUGGCUUCUGUCGUUAUAUGCACUGACGAACGAUAAAGCUGAAGCAAGCGGGAAGAUGCUGUUACCUUAUUUCGACAUGUGUCUAAUAAACGUUACGGAAAUAAGGCUGGAAAAAAGGAACUUACUCACUUCAUGGAUAAGCCGGACUUACUCCUUUAUCUCAAUUCUAGGACUGAUCAAUGGAGUUUAUGACUUUGCAAACAUUCGAGGAAGGAGUGGAAGAUGGAGCGCCUUGCCUGUUUUUCUGGUGGAUUAUUUGCUCUCUUGUCUGCAAUGA